ACAAAUUUACAUACACUUUGCUCCGCCUCUUACGAACCCCAGUAAUUAAUGGAACGCCAGUCUUUUUGUCAGGCAAUUUACACAACGCUAGCUAUUCAAUUUCAAUUGCCAUUCAAUUUCAAUUAGUUUAGAGGCUUACACCCAGGGGAAAUUCGACUAAGUUCCACACAGUUGUGGAGUAACCACCGCCAUGAGAGGUGUAUUUCUGAGUCUUAUACUCCUGGCUUUUGCCAUAGUGACGGCCCGGGCUCUCAACUGCCAGCCGUGUAAAUUACUGGAGGCCCGUAAGACACAUGCGAACGAAACCCACACGCAGCCGAAGUGAGAAAAAGUGGGGGCUUGGGGGCCUGGAGGUCUGGAGGUCGGCAGAGCAGUGCAAAAUAAUCAGCAGCUUGUUUGGCUAAUUAGCAAAACUUACGCACACAAAUGGAGGCAGCCACAUGUACUCAUACCCAGAAUAAACAACGAUUACGAAUCUCAGUCUUACUUGAACACUCGCAGUGAAACGACGACGAGUUCCGCUCAAAAAAAAA